AUGUCAUCUACAGCAGCCCCUCUAGAUACACGAAUUCAACUGCUCUUAGCCGACGUGCUCGAGAUUCCAGAUGAGCAAUUCGCCGCUAUGUCUCCUGUUGCCGAGCUCACUGUCGGCGAGCUUCUCGCGUUCAAAUACACCCGGCCUGACCUGACCGCAACGCUCACCGUACCCGAAUUCGAGCCAACAUUUCAUCAGCAUCAGAUUCGCCCCGUUAGCACCACCCGCGCAUUAUUCAACAAAAGUCACGAACUUCGAGUAUUGUACGCCUCCGGCUGUCAUUCCAUCGAGGUUCGUGACUGUUGUCGAAUACUGCGCGGAUGGUGCUACUGGGUCGGAUCUGAUGUUGAUGGAACGUUGGCUCGAGUUGGAUACGUCGAGCGUCGUGGUCAGUUCAGGCCGGGUAAAGUCGAACGCGAGAAGCUCGCCAACAGUGAGCUCGACAACUGA